UUUUUUUUGCAGCCGAGGCAGGACAGUUGAAUGCUUCCUGCUUUUCGGCGUUAACACAAGCGUAUAGGUUAGAAAGAAAGUACACUCUGUGCUCAGUGGAGGAGGUGAGGAGGCUUUUGUCCCAACUACACCGGCAUUUUGUUGUGUUUGUUGUCAGCUCCGCCGCCUUACACCGACAUUCCUGCUGACUGGAGCUGAGAAAACAGAUGGAAACCGCAUCAGGAUACUGUAAGUGACCCAGGAUGGGGAUGGGUCAGUUCUACGGAUGAAUUUUUAUUUCGGAGGGCCACUAAACAACUGGACCUCUGACCAUUACUCUACAAUCUUUCGCCUGUGAAUGCCGACAGCCCCCAGGAUGGAGGUGCAAUCCAGCUGCCCCAACGUCAGCAUCCCCUGCUACAAUGAGCAGAGGGACAAGAAGAAGCGCUACACCGUUUACAAAGUGAUGGUCAGUGUCGGAAGACAUGAGUGGUUUGUCUUCAGGCGAUAUGCAGAGUUUGAUAAACUCUACAACAUUUUAAGGAAACAGUUUCCCUCUAUGAACUUGAAAAUUCCAGCCAAAAGGAUAUUCGGGGAUAAUUUUGACCCAGAGUUCAUCAAGCAAAGAAGAACAGGGUUACAUGAGUUCAUCCAGCGAAUUGUCUCACAUCCUCAGCUUUGCAACCACCCAGAUGUGCGAACCUUCCUGCAAAUGGACAAAAUGCAGAACUUUUCAGAUGCCUCAGAGGAUGAGGAUGACAAAAACAACUCUACCUCCAGAAACAUUAACCUGGGACCGUCUGGAAAUCCACAUGCCAAGCCCACAGACUUUGACUUUUUAAAAGUCAUAGGAAAGGGGAGUUUUGGAAAGGUUCUCCUUGCAAAACGGAAACACGAUGGAAAGUAUUAUGCAAUCAAGAUCUUACAGAAAAGGGUAAUUCUCAACAGGAGAGAGCAAAAACACAUCAUGGCAGAGCGCAACGUGCUACUGAAGAAUGUGAAGCACCCUUUCCUAGUUGGGCUUCAUUAUUCCUUUCAGACCACAGACAAGUUGUACUUUGUCUUGGAUUUCAUCAAUGGAGGAGAACUGUUCUUCCAUCUUCAAAAAGAGCGGACGUUUCCAGAGCCCAGAGCAAAAUUCUACAUUGCAGAAAUGGCCAGUGCGCUGGGGUAUCUCCAUUCUCUCAACAUUGUUUACAGAGACUUAAAGCCAGAAAAUAUCCUUCUUGACCAUGAAGGCCAUAUCAUUUUGACGGACUUUGGUUUGUGCAAGGAAGGCAUAUCCCUGACUGACACCACCUCCACGUUCUGCGGGACACCUGAGUACCUGGCCCCAGAGGUGUUGAGAAAGCAGCCGUAUGAUAACACGGUUGACUGGUGGUGCCUGGGCUCAGUGCUGUAUGAAAUGCUUUUUGGCCUGCCUCCAUUCUAUAGCAGGGACACACAUGAAAUGUAUGAUAAUAUCCUUCACAAGCCGCUGGUGAUGCGUCCCGGUGCGUCCAGCGCAGCCUGGUCUAUUCUGCAGGCCCUCCUGGAGAAAGAUGGCACCCACAGACUGGGCUCCAGAGAUGACUUUAAUGAGAUCAAAGCACACGCCUUCUUUGCCUCCAUCAACUGGGAUGAUCUUGAACAGAAGAAGAUCCCUCCCCCAUUCACGCCCAAUGUGAGCUCCCCCUGUGAUAUCUCAAACUUCGACCCUGAGUUCACAGAUGAGAUGGUGCCCAACUCUGUGUGCUGGUCUCCAGAACAUUCCAUAGUCAACGCCAGCGUGAUGGAGGCAGACGACGCCUUUCUGGGCUUUUCGUAUGCCCCACCCUCUGACGACUCCUUCUUAUGAAACUUUAAUGAUGACUUCUUGAAUUGCCUUAACCUGUCUUAACUUCUUUUGACUAAAGGGAAGAAUUCAUACCAUGGAUGAACCCAUUUUGUGAAGCCAAAGCAAGCAUUGGAGGAAAGAUGGCACUUAAAAAA